GACCCAGUUUCCCAUUACACAGUAUCCAAACAAGAACGUGCAAUGAGUCAUAUUUAGAUCCUUUCUCCAGAAAAAAGACAAAAGCAAAAUUGAUGAAUUUCAUAUAAAUUAUAAUAUUUUUCGCUUUCCCAGAGUUACAAGCCUGAAUGAACAUUCUCACUUGAGAGGGCGCGUCUUUUCACUUGGUAUCUAUAAAUAAGUAAAUCUACUUUACACUCUUAUCUCAUCAAAGCCUAACUGUGUUGUGUCAUGGCUCUAAUUAAGAUCAACAUGUGUUUUGUAUCCCAAGAUUUGGUACUUUCUUUGUCAAUACUUCUUGUGCUGGUAUUGGGCACACCAUGCUCAGGUGUUCAUGGGAAGACUGAAAAUAAUAUAAAAACAGCUGUUUAUCUGUCCCCCAAGUUUGAACUAGGACCGGGAUCAGUUGCCAAUAAAUAUUAUUAUGAUAUUGAUUUUCCAAGAGGUCAUGUUGCACUCAAGAGUUUCAAUGCUGAAGUAGUUGAUGAAGCUGGCAAUCCUAUUCCUCUCCAUGAAACUUAUCUCCACCAUUGGGUUGUUGCAAGAUACCAUCAACCUAAGCAUGUGACACACACAGAGUAUGAUGCCCAUAGGAUGCUUCACCAGUCUGGUUAUAUAGUUAGAAACAGUGGCAUAUGCCAGGAAGAUGCUCUUGGACAGUAUUUUGGCCUUGGAUCUGAAACGCGAGGAACAGCUACACAUAUUCCAGAUCCUUUUGGUAUAGAAAUAGGUAAUCCUGCAGAAAUUCCAGAAGGGUAUGAGGAGAAAUGGAUGGUUAAUAUUCAUGCCAUUGAUACACGUGGUGUAGAGGAUAAGAUGGGGUGCACUGAGUGCAAGUGUGACCUUUAUAAUGUUACUAAGGAUGAAUAUGGAAGGCCUUUGAGGUCAGAUUAUUUAGGAGGUUUGUAUUGUUGCUAUGAUUAUACUCAGUGCAGGUUGAGGGAACGCUUUGAGGGCCCAAGGAGAAGCCUCUACUUAAGAUACACAGUAAAAUGGGUUGAUUGGGAUGAUUUUAUAGUGCCUGUUAAGAUUUAUAUACUUGAUGUUACUGAUACUUUGCAAAUAUCAGAUAUUUCUAAAGGAAUGAGCCCAUAUCAUGAUUGUCGGACUGAGUAUGAUGUUGAACCUUGCAGCAGAGACAAUAAGGAUGGUAAUGGCUGUCAUCAUAUGAAGAGGACAAGUCUCCCAAUGCAAAGUGGUGGUUAUGUCAUAUAUGGUGUUGCUCAUCAGCAUUCAGGUGGAACUGGAUCAACUCUUUUUGGACAGGAUGGGAGGGUUAUAUGCUCUUCAAUACCAAGUUAUGGAAAUGGAAAGGAAGCAGGAAAUGAGGCAAACUACAUUGUAGGAAUGUCCACUUGUUAUCCUCAACCAGGUUCAGUCAAGAUAUUUGAUGGUGAAAUUGUAACUCUAGAGUCUAACUACAGCAGCAGCAGAGGGCACACUGGAGUCAUGGGACUUUUCUACCUAUUGGUGGCAGAACAGCUGCCACCCCCCCAACCCUUCAGACAUUCCACUCGUUCUUCAUUCUUCAUGGAUAUAAAUAAUAUAUUAAAUUGAUAGGUAAUUAGUAACAUGCUUAUAUAUGUGGAGUGGAGUGUCAUCGGUGGUAUCUAUGUAAGUAAGUAUAUGAUGAUCAAAAGAAAUAAGACACAAUUGGGAAGUGUAAUUGGAAAUAUUAUACUUGUCCAUUGUCUGCAGCUAUAGGACAACACAGGCAAGAGCCGGCAAAGGGUAUAUUCAUUAGUGUGAAGAAUAUAGUAAUUGGAUUAUCAGUCA